CGGCCGCUGGCGCCGCUGGGCAGCAGCGCGGAGCUGAGCUGCGACUCGCCCAGCAUCAUGGACAUCUCCAUCUCCUCCGAGCCCGAGGAGAGGAGCCCCAGCGUGAACAACGUGCCCGACUACGCGGGCGACAUCCACGGCUACCUGCGGGAGAUGGAGGUGAAGUGCAAGCCCAAGAUGGGCUACAUGAAGAAGCAGCCCGACAUCACCAACAACAUGCGGGCCAUUCUCGUGGACUGGCUGGUGGAGGUCGGCGAGGAGUACAAGCUGCAGAACGAGACCCUGCACUUGGCCGUCAACUACAUCGAUAGGUUUCUGUCCUCGAUGUCUGUCCUGCGGGGCAAGCUGCAGCUCGUGGGUACCGCAGCCAUGCUGCUCGCAUCGAAGUUUGAAGAAAUCUACCCUCCUGAGGUCGCAGAGUUUGUCUACAUCACAGAUGAUACCUACACCAAGAAGCAAGUUCUAAGGAUGGAGCACUUAAUUUUGAAAGUUUUGUCAUUUGACUUGGCAGCUCCAACAAUCAACCAGUUCCUUACCCAGUAUUUCCUGCACGAACAGACAAGCGCCAAAAUUGAGAGCUUAUCCAUGUAUCUUGGGGAGCUGAGUCUAAUAGAUGCUGAUCCUUAUCUGAAAUACUUGCCAUCAGUUAUUGCUGCUGCAGCAUUUCAUCUAGCAGGCUACACAAUCACUGGACAAACUUGGCCUGAAUCUUUGUGCAAAGUAACAGGCUACACCCUUGAAAACAUUAAGCCUUGCCUCAUGGACCUACACAAGACCUACCUCAAAGCAGCACAACACACGCAACAGUCAAUAAGGGAAAAAUACAAGAGUACAAAGUACCACGGAGUAUCGCUCAUUGACCCGCCAGAGACACUAAACUUAUUGUAAUAAUCAAGAGACUGAUCUUUUAAAAAGAUGUAUAUUACCUUUGCGAGGAAAUGGUGUACAGUUUUAAACAAGGUUCAGAAAUCUAGAUGUGAUCAUUCACAAUAUUAAUGCAGGUUUUUGAUGAGCUUAAUUAUGAAGUUAGUUUUAUGUGGUUUUAAUGUAAAUCUUUUGUACAUGCAAUCUUGUUAAAAAUAUUUAGCUGAGUUUUUUAUAAAACGUUCUAUUCAAGCACAAAAUUAACCCUUCAGACUAAGUAUAUGUCUGAGACUUCUUAUCUAAUUAGAAACAGUAAACAGCAGUGCAUUAAAAUAGGGCUUUUUUGCUCUUUCCAAGUGAGACUGACUUGGAUUCCACAACAGUAUUUGUAGCAUUCUUCUAYUGUCUAGUUUAAAUUGAGGCUUAGUGUAGAUCCAAAAUGUGGCUUAACAGCUGUAAUUUUGAAGGAACUGCACAGCUACUAGGAGAACACCUUGCUGAAGUGAACUUGUGUGAGACUUGAGGAUGUGCUAGAUAAUGGGAGCCAGUUUGUAGAAAUGCAAUGUACUGUCCAGUCUCUAUCAGGUUAAAGGCUGAGUGCUUGACUGCAGGGACMACUUCAAACUAGCCUUGCAGUCUGUCCUUGGUGCUUCCUGUAUGUACAGAACGGUCUUGCUUAUAGGUAUUUUCUAGUCAGUGUAAAAUGGAUAAUAAUUUAAGCCCACGGAGCUCCCAUUAAUGUAUAAGCUGCCCCCAAGCCCAUCAAUGUCCACUAAAAAGCUCACCGGUUUGCUUGGCACUUGGCUGCAGUUCAGCCUUGCCACCAGGGUGACCUGCUGCUGUGUUGUCAGGAGRGAGGGAGGAAGGGAUGCCUUUUGCACGGACAGUGCUACAUGGCCCUUGCUGUGCGUGUCCCUGCUGCUUCAGAGGGGCUCGCCUACAGCGAAGGGGUAACCAACUUGUCUUGAUUUUUCUUAGCAUUUCUCAGUUUCCCUAGAACUGUUACCAAACUAGUGGCAAAUAAUCAGUGUUGGAUUAAAUGGACACUCACCUUCAACACAUACAAAAGGAGUGAUGUCCUGACCCUACUGUGCUUUGCAUGUAAAUCAGUGACUGUAUGGAAGUGGAUUUUUAAAUGGGCCAUUUCCAGGUUGGCUAAUAAACAUCUUGACAUCUGAUGUUAGUGGUCUUGGUGGUACCUUAAAAACAGUGACAGUUGGUGGCAUUACUAUCCUAAAUUGGUGCUCCUUCCUAAAUGCCUGCAAGGACUGCCCUGCCGAGCCUGUGCCACUGCAACGUGGAGUUAGUGAGUGCAGAGGGGUGGCUAACCCAAGACACUGCCAGCACCAACCAAGAACUGUGUAUCUGCUGUCUGUGGAACAAUUGGUGUAGGCUAUAAAAAGGACAGCAACAGCCCUCUGGUGAGCUGCUAAGUGUGCGUUUUGGUGAGAAAAAUCACAUGUCGCCUGAGUAGCUUAAAGACUUGGCUGUUCUGUCCACAUGCCUACUGAACUCCUGUUCAGCCCUGCCCGGUCUGUGGACUGAGUUCUCCACAAGCCAACACAGUUUGCAGAACUCUAGCUUAGAGGUGUUGGCUUGUGAAGCAAAGACAAGAGCAUGCAGCAGAGAUUCCUCUUUUGGCAGAUGUGAGCUUUUUGGGAUGCACUUUGGCAGAAAUGUUGUAUGUAUUCCAAUAUAUAAUGAAAAACUGUAGCUCGUUAGUCUUCCUUGUUCUCCAGUAGUUUCAUUAGCUCAACUGCAAUAGCUUGCCACUGAAAAGCUAAACCUCGUUUGGCUGAAACUGCACACUAUCAUGUCUGGUGCUUAGUCUGGGAAAUGUUUGGGCCUCACAGAGGAGUGGGUCUGAAUAUCCACUAACACGUGUGCCUUUGCUGUACUUGCAACAGCAGCUGGUGACUUUGGCAGCUCUAAUGAAAAUGCUCCAUGGCCACUGUCUGUAGGCCUAGAGCCCAGGGUUCUUCCUGAGAAGCUGGGUCCUGCCUUUUCCUUUUGGUGGCAGACAUUGGGAACUUUAAAGGCUUCCAAGAAGUACAAACCUAAGAGGAGUAACUUAAAGCUUACAAAUUACUUUGUCCAGAAAGGAGCAAAAUGCCAGUACCCAGGAGAACAGCUUAGGCUGUAGUAGUUGACUGUAUUAAGUUACAGCUUAAUGAAAUGUCGUCUUGCCCAGUUUUGGAUAAAUAGCAUUGCUGCUGUUUCUAUAGCAUAGAGAAUAAUGCUGCCUUGCUCCCUAAACUUUGCUUUUAGCCAGUGGGGUCUGCUCUAUAGCCUGGAUAGCCUGAGAAAGGCUCAGGCACUGGGCUGGCAUCUUGGCCUGAGCUGGCUCUGUUCUUCCUAACCCUGCCCCAACUCUUGGUGCUGCAGGAAGCAACAGCCUCUUCAGCUAGCAGGGGCCCUUUCUAGCUUUGCCUUGGAGCUUUGAACAAAACAGAAAAGCCCAGGCUGCACUGCACUACCUUUUUGUCUAUCCAGUGUAACUUCUGUAUUAUUUUCAAAAGAAACAACUUAGGGACACAGGGUAUAAACUGUUAGAUGGGGAAAUAACWGAAUUCCCAAGCAAAAGAGGGGAGAAACAGUUGCCAAGAAUACUGUUCUUCCUGAAGAAGGUGGAAGAAGCUGAAUCUUCACUCAUUCCUGUGCUUCUAAUGGCCAUUUCCCAUGAGAAGAACUGACA